AUGAAAGGAUCUAGUUAUGUAUCAUCUGCAUGCAAAACAUCUAUUCACGUUCCACCACGCAUUCUCAGCCUUGAUUACACUGACGGUGAUUCUGACGUGACUGAAAAUGGACCUAAGUCACUGGUGUGUUCGGUGGAGAGUUUCCCUCCGUCCACAAUACAGUGGUUCUAUAAAGCUAACAACACAGUUCUACUGACCACCCCAGACGUCCUGGAGAGUACCUACACCCUGACUAACGUUGAAUGUCUGGACACCGGACUCUACACCUGUUCUGUCAGAAACAGUGUCUCUAACACAGCAGUCACCAGGGAUAUACCGGUCAACGUUCUGUGUGAACCACGUCGAGUCGCGAGAAAUGAAACUGACCAAACGUAUAAUUUAGAAACAGGUGAUAUUUUAGUCAUGAAUGCAUUGUUCCUCUCGAAUCCGGAGCCAACUUUUUCUUGGUCCUUCCAAGCAUCACCGGACACAGGUGUUACACAUUUAGUCGACGGAACAGACAAUUUUGCUAUCCGUAAUAUCUUUGUGAUGAUGAACCUGUCUGCCGUAUCGGUUGGGACACGUACAGAUAUACGGGAGACCUGGUAUGGAGUCUACAGUGUAACGGCGACGAACAGUCAGGGCAGUAACAUGUUCAGUUUUAUAGUGAAGGAAAAGACAUGCCGAAACUACCGAAGAGUUUAUCAGUCAGCUGUGGAAAUCCCCAUUCCGUCGAAGUGA